AUGGAGAACGUUCUCAUCGGCAAAGACGCCAUUUUGAACCUGAGGAUGGGCAUCACUUUCCCAGACGACCAGGCCCCGGAAGUUCAGCCCGAACCGGUCGAAAAUGGCCAGUCUCUCACCGACCAGGUCAUUGCUGCCACGGGGCCGAAGGCACAUCCAAGAUUGGCACAAAUCAUGCCCAGUCUUGUACGGCAUCUCCACGAGUUCGCACGCGAAGUCAACCUGACAGUCCCGGAGUGGAUGGCAGCCGUUGACAUGCUCAACGAAUGCGGCCAAAUCUCCAACGACCGACGCAACGAAACGCAGCUCCUCUGCGACAUUCUCGGCCUCGAGUCCUUGGUCGACGAGAUCACCUCGAACCUGCUCGCCAGUUCCAACGCCGGCACACCAUCCGCAGUCCUAGGCCCGUUCUACAGGCACAACGCGCCUCUUCUACCGAACGGCAGCUCCAUCGUCAAGAACCUAACGCCCAAGACGCCCUGGUACAGCCAAGCCAUCGCAGACUCGGCCUACAUCACAGGCCGCGUCCUGUCCACCGACGGCAAGCCCAUCCACGGUGCUAUUGUCGACAUCUGGCUUGCCGCGCCGAACGGGCUGUACGAGCAGCAGGAUGAUUCUCAGACCGACAUGAACCUGAGGGGUCGGUUUGAGACUGACCAAGAUGGUCGCUUUGCGUUUUAUGCGCUGCGGCCGACUUCUUAUCCGAUUCCGUUUGAUGGUCCCGCGGGCAGGUUCCUGACGUUGCUGGAUCGGGACCCGAACAGGCCGGGUCAUAUCCACUUCAUCGUUUCGGCACCGCAGCAUCGCGCGCUGACAACGCAGAUCUUCGAUGACAGGGAUAAGUAUCUGACGGAGGAUGCGGUUUUCGCGGUGAAGGAUGAGUUGGUGGUCAAGUUCUUGCCCCGUAAGGGAGACCCUAAGGCGCGCUGGUAUCUCGAGUAUGAUUUCGUUUUGGGUAGGGAGAAUUAGGCUUUAGAGUAUGGGAGAACGCAGUAGGUCGACGGAUGGUAUAGAGCUUGUGGAAGGCAUAUAAUGGCGCAUAGUU